AUGGCUGCCUUUUCCUACCUGACCAUAUUUUUCCUGGUGUCCUCCACUUUGGAACGUACUUCUUUUUCAGAAAUCUUCAAGCCACACAAUAUAGACAAAUGGCCUAAGCCCCCAUGUGAAAUGUACUACCCUCUGGAUCCUUUUUAUGACUCAAGAUGCCCGAAUAUAACAUCCUAUGUUUGCGCUACAAACGGCCACACUUACCAGAAUGAGUGUUUCUUUUGUGUUGAUCAGUGGGAAUUUGAUUUUCAUAUUAAAUUUUAUAAAUAUGGAAAAUGUUACGAAUAA